GAUUCUUGCAUCUUUUUCAGCAGCCAAAGAGGUGCUUUGAAGACUCCGCCCCUUUAUGUGAGACUUUUAAACCAAGCAUGCUCACCUGGGAAGUUCUCUCUUCACACACACACACACACACACCGAACACGCGGCUAUGUCCCACCUUCAGAGCACCCUCACUCAAACCCGUCUGGAGAAGACGUGGGUACCGUGGAUGCAGAACAAGCUGAGUAAACGUCGAGGAUCAUCGGUUCCCCAGUUCACCAACUCCCCCACUAUGAUCGUCAUGGUGGGGCUGCCAGCCCGAGGUAAAACGUACAUCUCGAAAAAGCUCACCAGAUACCUCAACUGGAUUGGGGUCACCACCAAAGUGUUCAAUGUCGGUCAGUACCGCAGAGACGCCACGCAGUCUUACAACAAUUUCGAGUUCUUCAAACCCGACAACACGGAAGCCAUGAAGAUACGCAAGGCGUGUGCGAUGGCGGCGUUAAAAGACGUGUGCGACUAUUUCACCAGAGAGCAGGGUCAAGUGGUGGUUUUCGAUGCCACCAACACCACACCAGAACGCAGGGAACUCAUUCUCAGUUUUGCAAAGGAGAACGGCUACAAGGUCUUCUUUGUGGAAUCCAUCUGUGACGAUCCUGGGAUCAUUGCUGAGAAUAUUAAACAAGUGAAGCUUAGCAGUCCCGACUACAUCGACUGUGACAAAGACGAGGCCGUGGCCGACUUCUUGAAGAGGAUUGAAUGUUACAAGCUGACUUACGUAGCGCUGGAUGACGACAAGGACCGGAAGUUGUCCUACAUCAAGAUAUUCAACGUGGGCAGUAGAUAUCUGGUGAACCGGGUCCAGGAUCACAUCCAGAGCAGGAUCGUGUACUACCUCAUGAACAUCCACGUCACACCGCGCUCAAUCUAUCUGUGUCGCCAUGGCGAGAGCGAGCUCAAUCUGGUGGGUCGCAUCGGAGGAGAUUCGGGGCUUUCGGCUCGUGGCACCAAGUUUGCCAGCGCUUUGGGAACGUACAUGCGGGAGCAGUGCAUCAGCGACUUGAAGGUGUGGACCAGCCACAUGAAGAGAACCAUCCAGACCGCAGAAGCCCUGGGAGUCCAGUAUGAACAGUGGAAAGCUCUCAAUGAAAUCGAUGCUGGGGUCUGCGAGGAGAUGACCUAUGAGGAGAUCCAGGAGAAUUAUCCCGAAGAGUUUGCGCUGCGAGACCAGGACAAGUACCGCUAUCGCUACCCUAAAGGAGAGUCUUAUGAGGACCUGGUCCAGCGCUUGGAGCCGGUCAUCAUGGAGCUCGAGAGGCAAGAGAACGUCCUGGUUAUUUGUCACCAGGCGGUGAUGAGAUGUUUGCUGGCAUACUUCCUGGACAAAAGUGCAAAUGAGCUGCCCUACCUGAAGUGUCCCCUUCACACUGUUCUCAAACUCACACCAGUCGCAUACGGGUGUAAAGUGGAGUCGGUCUUCCUGAAAAUCGAGGCUGUGAACACACACCGUGACAUGCCAGUGAAUGUGGACGUGAACAGAGACCCAGAAGAGGCCCUGGAGACGGUCCCGGAGCACAUCUAGAUGGGAAAAAAAAAAAAACACACCCAAAAAUAUUCAGGUUGAUUUCCUCACUGACGGUUUGAGUGUUGUAUUGAACAACAUGGAGUAAGUAUACAAUCUACUGGAAUGACAAUUGUAGGUUUUUUCUUUAUAAACACUCAGUGAGGUAUAGUAUUUAUUUAAAGGGGACCUAUUAUGCUAAUUUUCCAUCCCUUUGAAUUGAGUUGUGGACUCCUAUAGAGCAGUUACACACAAUAACAAGCACAAAAAACCUUUUAGAUCUUCCAGAAUCUGCACCUAUUCCAGUUGUAUUUUCUUGGAUUUGUGCUUCCCGGCAAAACAGUCUGUUUUAAUUUAUUCCACCCACAAGUGCUUCCUAACUACAACAAAACUUUGAUAAGUGAUAAUCUUUUUCCAUAACACUUCAUGAUGAUUACUUGCUCCUGUUGUGUAAAAUACACCAUCCCGGGAUUACUCAGUUUUUCCAUCAGAGUUGAAUAAUAUGUCAAAUGCCGUCUUUUAUGUGAACACGCACUAAGCACAAGCAAAGAAGCGGACUUGACAAUGUGUGUUGACAACCACCAUCACACUACUGUAUCAGCUCAUGUAUGUUGGGCCAUUUUUGUAUUACAGUCUGUUUCAUAGACUGUAAUAAACGUGGGGGGGGGGGACACAAUCAACCGUCCUCUGAGACUCUGUGCCUGACACAAAUGUGUAUCUAUGCACUGUACAUCUUUGCACUGGUACGAUGUAGGACUUGACUUUCUGUGGUGCAAUAAUAAAAGCCUUUUGUUUGACCUUUGUCGAUAUUGUCCUCAGGAGAUCCUUAUUUUCUGCAUUUUAAGCUUAAAAGGUUCAAUGGAAUGAACAUGUCAGUGGAUCAAAUAUAUAUAUAUAAAAAAAUCACAAUCACAAUAUAUGAAAAUGAAGGCGAUAAUUUUGCCAGCUGUAAUAUGUUGUCAUGUGAAAGUGUCUGUUUUCAUCGUCUUCCGCCUCAUAAAGAUGUCUUUUUUUCUCCC